AAUGAACUACCAGUUUCUUCUGGCCCUGGUAUUUACCAUUGAGGAGAUCAACAGAAAUCCUCAUCUUCUACCCAACACAACUCUUGGAUUUGAGCAUCAUAACAUUAAAUUUUCUGAAAAGAAUAUUCUUUUUGGUCCCUUUCUUUGGCUCGCAGGGUUGAGUAAUCAACUAGUUAAUUAUAACUGUGGCCAGAAGAGAAAUUUACCUGCAGCACUUACAGGAACAUCAUGGGCAAUAUCUGCCCAUAUUGGGACACUGCUACAACUCUACAAAAUACCUCAGUUUACUUUUGGACAUUUUGAUUCAAACAUGAAUGACCAAAGUCAGUAUAAAACACUCUUUCAGGUGGCCCCCAAGGACACAUAUCUGUCACUGGCCUUAGUGUCUUUGAUGCUUUAUUUCAGCUGGUCCUGGGUGGGUCUGAUCGUCCCAAAUGACCCCAGAGGGACUCAGAUUCUAUCAGACUUUAGAGACGUUAUGGAAAGUAAUAGGGUCUGCUUAGCCUUUGUGAAAAUGAUUCCUGGCACCUGGAAUUCAUAUUCUGAUGCAGUAUGGAAAAAUAUGGAAAAGAUUCAGGAAUCAUCAGCAAAUGUGAUUGUUAUUUAUGGGGACAUUGUUUCUUUACAAGGUUUAAUGCGACACAUUGCACAACUGUUAGUGACAUGGAAAGUCUGGGUCUUGAACUCUCAAUGGGAUAUUGACUACUAUUCUGAUUAUUUUAUGAUAGAAUCCUUUCAUGGGAGUCUCAUUUUUACACACCAUCAUGAAGAGAUGGUUGAGUUUGUGAAUUUUGUUCAAACAGUUAAUCCCUACACAUACCCAGAAGAUGCUUAUCUUCCUAAAUUUUGGGGUUUUUUCUUCAAUUGCCCUUUUUCUGAGUUUGAUUGCCAACUUUUGGAGAACUGCCAACCCAAUGCAUCUUUGGACUUACUGCCCAGACACAUUNUUGACCCAGCCAUGAGUGAAGAGAGCUACAACAUAUACAAUGCUGUGUAUGCUCUUGCUCACAGCCUCCAUGAGAUGACUGUUCAACAAAUACAGGCACAACCAUAUGCCAAUGGAGAAGGAAUGGCAUUCUUGCCCUGGCAGAUCACCCUACUUAAAAACCAUCCAAGUGGUCAAACUGUAAUAGAUGAGAGGAAAAACUUAUAUUCAGAAUAUGACAUUUUCAAUUUUUGGAAUUUCCCAACGGGUCUUGGAUUAAAGAUGAAAGUAGGAACCUUUUCUCCAAAUUCUCCCCAGGGUCANCAGUUNUCNUUAUCUGAGGAAAUGAUACANUGGCCGACACAGUUUACAAAAAUUCCUNAGUCUGUGUGCAGUGAGAGCUGUAGGCCUGGAUUCAGGAAAGCUGCCCAGGAGGGGAAAGCUGUCUGCUGCUUUGAUUGCAUUCCUUGUGCAGACAAUGAGAUUUCCAAUGAGACAGAUAUGGAUCAGUGUGUGCAGUGUCCAGAAAGUCACUAUGCAAACUCAGAGAAGAACCACUGCCUUCAGAAAUCUGUGAGCUUUUUGGCCUAUGAAGAGCCCUUGGGGAUGGCACUCAGCAUCACAGCCCUGUGCUUCUCUCUACUCACAGCUGUGGUUCUUGUAGUCUUUGUGAAGCACAGAGACACACCCAUUGUCAAGGCCAAUAACCGGGCUCUCAGCUACACCCUGCUAUUGAUACUCAUAAUCUGUUUUCUCAGUUGCUUGCUUUACAUUGGACAGCCCAACACAGCCACCUGCAUCUUGCAGCAAAUGGCAUUUGGAACUUUGUUCACUGUGGCUCUCUCCACAGUGUUAGCCAAAGCUAUUGUAGUGGUUACUGCAUUCAAGGUCACCUCUCCAUCUAGAAUGAUGAGGUGGUUAAUAGUAUCAAGGGCCCCAAAUUUCAUUAUUCCCAUCUGCACACUGAUCCAACUUAUUAUCUGUGGAAUAUGGCUGGCUACCUCUCCACCUUUUAUUGAUCAAAAUGCUCAUGUUGAACAUGGUCACAUCAUCAUUAUGUGCAACAAGGGUUCUGCAGCUGCUUUCCACUGUGUCCUGGGAUAUCUCUGCUCCUUAGCGCUUGGGAGCUACACCAUGGCCUUCUUAUCCAGGAAUCUGCCUGACACAUUCAAUGAGGCCAAGUUCCUGUCAUUCAGCAUGCAGGUAUUCUUCUGUGUUUGGAUCACCUUCCUCCCUGUCUAUCAUAGCACAAAGGGGAAGGUCAUGGUGGCUAUGGAAGUCUUCUCUAUCUUGGCUUCCAGUACAUCAUUUUUUGCCUUGAUAUUUGUCCCCAAGUGCUACAUAAUUUUGUUAAGGCCAGAUAAGAACUCAUGUCUUGAUAUCAAGCACAAAAUACAUUCAAGAAGAAGUAGUCAUUUAAAAUUUAUUUAA